UUUUGAAAAGCGCUCCCGGAAGUGAGCGUUCCAUAUUUUCAAAGCGAGAAUUUUUGAGUCGUAGGAUUAUCAGGGGUUUGCAGAGUUGGGUCCAUGACAAAUCCACCAACGCACACCGCUGACUGUGGUAAGAGAUCUGCUGCAGACCAGACCAGCGGGUUUUUAACCCACACAGGUGAGACUAAUGAGGCCGAAGCCGCCUGGCUGGGUUCAAGUAUGGGUUUGUCAUUCCUUUUGGUCUUGGCUGCCUCUGUGAUCCUGAUCAAACCGGAGACACCUGUAACGAAGGCCCUACAUCAGAACUCACUGGAGUGCUGUGGAGAGAAACAGAAAGUGAACAAUUCAUGCUCAAAUGACACUCACUGUGAACCAGGUUGCUUCUAUCGUGUGCUGGAGAACAGCAACACAGUCUGCAUAUUCUGUGAGUCGACAGCGGUGGAUUUAGAGAAUGUAACUGUCUGCACAUACAACUACACAUUGGAGCGUAAAAACCACACAACUGUAACUACUGUCAUUCCUAAAAUUGGAGGCCCAGGUGUGGCGGCCUCUGUCCUUCUGGGAACUCUGUUGAUCAGUAUGUUCCUCAUCCUCACUGUUGCCUCCUUUUUCUACCUCAAACGCUCCAACCGGCUGCCUGGCUUUUUCUACCGGAGAAACAAAGCCUUUAUAUUUCAGCCAAACGAGACAGCAGUUAUGAUCCCGUCUUCAUCAGUGAGGAAGCCGAGAUACGUGAGAAGGGAGCGGCCUUCUACAACGUCGACACUGAACAGCGCCACAAUACCCACCUCUGCUACUACUCAGGUGUAUAAUGCUUAGGAAGAGUAAUGGUUUUGGAGCAGGUAGGAGAGGAAAGCUCAGGAAGGAUGUCCAGGUCUGUGAUGUGAAGGAAGACCCGGGAAUGUUAAGUCACGUUUACCUACUGCUGCUGCUCCUGCCUUCAUAUCACUUAGGGUGACACUGUUUGUGUUUUUAACAAUAACCUGUCAUACAGAUGCUCUGAAUUCACUGGAAAACUACUUUUUUGAAUUUGUUUGCAGUGAAGUCCUCAGAAUGACUUUAAUAUUUAGAUGAUGCACUGUAUCCCCAUUUAACCAGUUUAUCUCCACUUUCUAGUUCUGGUUCCCCGGGAACACCAUAAUAAAUCAAGUGCUAAGAAGAGAGACGGACUUUGCAGAACCUUUUACAGAGUGGGUUACUUUUGUUUGAAAUAGUUGAAAGUUAGCUGCUCAAGCAGAAAAAAAAGCCUUUCUAUGUAGGUUUUAAUAAGCUGUUUUAGUCUGCUGCUUCUGAAUGUGAGCUCAGCAACUGCAUCUAAAUAAUUUAGCAUAUAAGACAUAAACUUAUUCCUCAAAAAGGGUUUGCCAGCUGUGAUUUCUGUGGAGCAAACUAAUAGUCCAGUAAUAUUGAACGGACUUUCCCUUUAUUUUUCAUUUCUACGAAACCUGUUUCUGUUUGCUCUUUAUUUGUGCACUGAGUUUUGCUGCUUAGAAUAAACCACUGUCGGUCUUCUGAUGGGCCAGAAUAUUUCGAGAAGAACUCCUGAAAGCACUGUAUGAAUUAAAAAUAGUUUUUAGUUUGAAUUUUUUCAUUUGUAUUGUUGCCAUUGUAUUUAUUUUUGUAACUAACUGAGGUGAAUUACAUGCAAACACACCAUAUUUGGUAGUGUUCAUUAACUGCAUUCCGCUGGUUGUCGUAAUCUUAAUAUUUAUAGGGUAUUUAUUCAAAAAUAUCUUUUCAUCUGUUUAAGCCAAUUGAGUUUUUUCCAUUAAGUUGAAUUUUGAUCCAAACUUAUAUAUUUUUUUAAACUUUUGCGAGUCUUCGUGCACUUUAAGGUAUCCUGAUCAUGAGGAAAAUAUGUUUGUUUUUUUAAACUAAAAACUGCACACAGGUUGUCUUUGUUUUUUUGUUCCAGAAAACAUCAAUAUUUGUUCCAUUAUGAACUCUAUUUGCCUAGUAUUUAAUUUGCCAAGUAUUAGAAUGAAUAUGGCUUGAUUACAUUGCGAUAACUGUGCCAUUAUGAGCUUUAAAUACAGCUGAUGAGCUUUUGAUGAUGUGUCUGUGAUGAAUUGGAUUUUUGAAUAGUAUCCGGUGGCCUUUACUGUAUCUAUAAUCCUUAUCCAAGUUUUAUUGGUUAUUUGGUUUUGUCUUUAUUCUGUUUUUGUUUUUUUUCCGACAACCCUGUGGUUUACAUACUUGAUGGUUUACUAUUUCAAGUAAGCCACACAACUGCAGCAAUCUUAGUUAUUUCUCCUUUUGCUACUUGUGGUAAUUGUUGUACAGUAAAUCAAAAUGUGCAUUUAUUGUUUUAUACAAAUGGAGUGUUUUUAUGUACAUUCCCUUGUUUUAGUGCCAUGAUGAAAGUUCAGAAGAUAUAUAAUUUGCAGAAAUAAAGCACCUUUCUACAAUCA